GAUGGUCGAAUUAAAUUGGUGUAAAAAAACCUCUUGCUUGACUUCGACACGAUCAUCGACAGCCAUGAACAAACAGCAGUCACUUUAGAACCCGCCCAGUCACGGCCGUAUCUCGGCAUGACCUUGGCCGCGUAUUGGAAGCUUAUUGUCCCUACAAAGACCCUUGCCGAGCUCGAUGCCGACAAGUGGCUGUUCGUCGCCUCUUUCGGCACCUCAACGUACUACUCGCUUCCGGGGCUGCGGUUCUCAAGAUGGGGGCUCUUGCUUGUGUGCUGUCUCGCCAACCUUUGCGCGGGCUCGCUUUUGGCGUUCGUAGCACUCCACGACGGACUGGACAUGUACUUUUACGGGAGCCAAACCAACCAGAGCGUGACUAUUCAGCUACAAACGUACGUGUGGAUGGGGCUGACUGCGGCCUUCUCGGGGCCCCUCGUGGAGACCCAGGGCCCCCGAUUGGGGAUGAUGGUCGGUACCAUUCUCGUCGCGGUGGGGUUCUUCGUGGCCCAGCUAGCCGUUGGCGCGUACAGCCCCUUGUUCCUGACUAUUGGAUAUGCGGGUUUCGUUGGCGGGGGAUUUGGGUUUGUGGUCAUUGCUACCAUGUCUGCCACUCAAAAAUGGUUUCCCGACCUGCGGGGGUUUGUGUCUGGCUUGACCAUGUGUGCUUUUGGGCUUGGAAAUGCCAUGUGGACCAUCGUGUACACGAGGUUUCUAAACCGAGGGGGGAUAUUCAACCCCGUCACGGACGUCUCCAACAUCCCCCAUGUCUUUUGGAGCAACGGGGUGGUGAUUGUGCUUGUGUUGGUUGCCACGUCGCUGGUGAUUCGGACGCCAUCCGUUGGUUUUACCGUCAAUGGACACGACAUGCACUGCGUUCCACAGAACAAAGCCCCAGACCCGAAACACAUUGAAGACGAGUUCCUGAAGAUAGGCAUGACGCUGGUCAACUACUCGGUGGUCCAUCGCGGCGAACUAGACGGCACAGACGUAUUCUACUUUCAACAUGUCAAGGCACUCUCAUUGGUCCAAUGUAUACUCUCGUCCGACUUUGCAUGUAUGUACAUUGCCUUUGCGGCCACAAUCAUCCCAGCCCAAGUGCUGUCCACGGAGCUCGUGGAUAUUUCCACUGGCAUCUAUCGCACGUCCAUUGAAACCACCAACUCCCUUAUGACCACUGGCGUCGUGGUCAACUCUGCAGGGCGACUGCUUGUACCCCUCGUGUCCGACGCAAUCAUUCGAGUCUUCUACGCUAACCCAGCAUUUGCCCGCAAAGCGGUGCUUACACUGGUGCUCACGUAUCAGCUGGUGUUUCUCCUCGUCGUGCCCAAAGCCCCCAUGUCCUUCGGUGCCUUUCAACUGUUUGGGCUGUCGUUUGUGUUUGCGUCCGGAGGCAGCAUGGCCAUCAUCCAGUGCUUCGUCACCGAUAUGUUUGGGGUGUACCAUGCUGGCACCAUGUAUGGCCUCCUCCUCACUUGUUGGUCGUUGCGAGCCAUCGUCGUCGGGUACGCGUUUUCGUCGUUUCAAGUGACCGCGGCGGCGACCUUUCAAGUGCAGAUUCAAUGGAUGCUCGUGAUGCUCGCCGUGGGCUGGGUGGCCCUGCUGUUUGUCCGGACAAACUCCAUGGACAGAUUCUUCCACGGGUACCAGCUCUCCAUCUGCGGCCACGUCGUGUUCCAGUACGCGUUCAACGGGGCGUCGAGUGAGACCUUUGACGACAGAGACGUGGUCACCAUCCUUGCUCCCGGCAACACCCAUUCCCUCUCCGACAAUGACUUUAUGCUUUGGUCAUCUCAUACAUCGCCAUCGGCCCCCCAACCACAGUCUCCAUACACCAUUACCAUGGUCCACCUUGACCUCUCGACUGUCGCUGUGGACCAGCAUCCACGUGAGGUAGAUUAAAUCGACAAUAUGUAAGCAGGCUUAAACUAUGUUGACUAAUUCACAUAUAUGUAAUCCAUAUAUAAAAUAUGCGCA